AUGCCUUCUGCCAAGUCUUUCGCCGUUGCGGCGUUGGCUGCCUCGGGGGUCCACGCAGAACCCAUUUCAUCAAGCACUACGGCUGAAAUAUCGACAACAAUCACGGAAGCUCCGACUACCACAACGGCGUCCACGACUGCGACUUCAUCAUGCACAUCGUACACGCUGAAAGACGACACCAGCGGACUCAACUGCGGCAUUAUGGGUCGUGACGCAAGAGAUGGUCUCCCGGAUGGCGACUCGACUUCUCUGGAAGACUGUACCAAGAGCUGUAUCGAGGAUCAGGGAUCUGACGAGUCGUGCAAGCUGUUUGAGUACACUCCCGAUGAGACGGAUGGUGUAGAUGUCUGCAAGCGAUACGCGGAUUAUUUCUUUAACACGGACGAGGCGGGUUCUAGUCGGUAUUAUGAACCCAGCUGCUUCGAGUGUGUGAGGGGAGAAUCCAACCCUCGAGGUGGUAGAGGUGGAAUCCGAGGAGGAGGACGUCGUCUGCGUCGGAGAUAG